CAAACCUACAGCAGGGCAUCAUAAGUCUUAUCACUGCAUCAUCAUUCAUGCCAGGGUGUAGCUAACAGAAGCCCUGCAACUAAUGGACCUCAUGGAAGUUCCCUCAGUGAGCCAGGUGAACUUCAGCAACCUCAGUAGUGCUUGUUCUCGUGAUAAUGCCCUGAAGACCGUCGUGUUCCCCGUGCUAUAUUCUAUUCUGUUCCUGCUAGGAAUUUCACUCAACUUUCUAGCAGUCUGGGUGUUUUUCCGCAUCCCCAGCAACUCACACUUCAUUAUCUAUCUGAAGAACAUUGUGGUAGCAGACGUCAUCAUGACCCUCACGUUCCCCUUCAAGAUUCUGUCAGACUCAAACCUGGGCUCUGUCGCUUUACGUGUGUUUGUCUGCCGUGUUUCCUCAGUGCUCUUCUACCUCACCAUGUACAUUAGCAUUAUUUUCUUUGGCCUGAUCAGCAUUGACCGCUGCAAGAAGACUCUCUGGCCCUUUGUGGGUACCAACCAUAAGAAACUGAUACACAGAAAUCUCCUUUCAGCGUUAAUCUGGGUGUCCCAACUGACGCUGUCACUUCCCAACAUGAUCAUGACCAGUAAGUGGCCUGAAUCUGACAAAUUUAGCUGCAGCGACCUGAAAACCAAGCUGGGAUUGAAGUGGCACGAAGUGGUCAAUCACAUCUGCCAGGUGAUCUUCUGGAGCAAUCUGGUUGCCAUCGUGGUUUCUUACACUCUUAUCACCAAAGAGCUGUACAGUUCCUUAGCACUCACCCACGCUCAAAGGCGGAAGGGAAAGAAGAAGGUGCGAGCGAAUGUGUUCAUCGUCCUAGCUGUGUUCUUCAUAUGCUUUGUGCCUUUCCACUUCGUCCGGGUGCCCUACACCCUGAGCCAGACGAGGGAGAGCGUAUUCGACUGCCAGCAGAAACUCAUUUUCUUUCAGUUGAAGGAGAGCACGCUGUGGCUGUCCUCUCUGAACUCCCUGCUAGACCCUCUCAUUUACUUCUUUCUCUGCAGGUCAUUUCGGGACUCCCUGUUCAAAGUCCUCAGACUCUCGCCCGGGAGGUGCGGGGUGUUGCAGGACAGCACGGACAUUCCUGUGUCUAGCAGCCCUGUGGGAAAACCUUCAGCAUAACUACACUGUGUGGACCAAAUUGUUUCAUUGUGUUCCAGUUGCUAGCAGGCGUAAUAAAUCAGUUAUAUAAAGGGAGUUUUACGUUUCUAACUUUGCAGCAACACUUUAGGGAAGGCCCUUUCCUUUCUUUUAAUCCUUGAAUUUAAUCCUCUCAUCAGGACAAAUGUUCUCCAAGCAUAAGGUGACAGUCUGGAGUUUUUUUCCUGAGUUUGGCAAUCGACCACUCAUUAAUAGGUGUGGCCAACUAGCUUUGUUUAUCUGUGUAUGAAUUAUAAUCAUUCAGUCAUAGAAAAAAAAGCUGCAGAAAUCAUUAAAAGCGCAAGAAUAUUUACAUUCACGAUUCUGCAUUAAUGUAUAUAUUUUUAUAGCAAUCAUUGAGCCUUUUACAAAUGUUUUUUAAAUGUGCAUAAUUGUGUCGUUUAAGUAAUUAGAAAAAAAAUGAUAAUAAUUAAAUGUAUCUGAUCUAUUUUUA